AGCAGAGAGAGAGGGAGACAGUUGGGGAAUGAAGUCUGUGUUGGAAAGAGACCAGAUUACAUAGAGGAAAUGUCUAAUUUAAGGAAGAUGUUACUUUAAUGUUUUGGGAUUUAGUUUUGUCCCUAAACUUCAUUUUUUUCAGAUAUUUUUGCUUUCUGAUUUCGGUUCUCAAAGCUGAAAAGUUAGAUUUUUUAAGAGAGUGUGUGUGUGUGUGUGUGUGUGUGUGUGUGUGUAUUUUUUUUUAUGUGUGUGAUAUAGUAGCAGUAAGUUAUGGAGCUGGAGCGUUUAGGAGGAGGUGGGGUAAAACCUGAGAGGGGCAACAGUCGUCUCUACAGGAUAGCACUGGCCAUGUGUGUGUGUGUCUGUGCUGCUCUGCUGCUUGCACUCAUACUGGUCUCCCAGAAAUCUAGUCAAGAGGAGUUCUGUCUGACCCCAGAAUGCAUUGAAGCAGCGGGGUCUGUUCUGAGUAAAAUGGAUCGGUCCGUUAACCCCUGCGAGGACUUCUAUACUUUCUCCUGUGGCGGUUGGUUAAAGGAGAACCCGAUCCCUGAAGACUCCUCCUCGUAUGGCAUCUACCCCUGGCUGCGACAGAAUGUAGACCUCCGACUCAAAGAGUUACUAGAAGCUCCUUCAGACCCCGAUGAACUGGAGGCCGUUACUAAAGCUAAGAUCCUCUACCGCUCCUGUAUGAAUGAGACUAUACUGGAGCAGGUGGACAGCAAACCCAUGCUGAAAACACUCAAACAGCCUGAUUUUCGGUGGCCCGUUGUGGGGGAUGGGCUCGGCGGGGAGUACCAGUGGUCGGCGGAGGGGUGGAGCCUCCUGAAGACUCUGACAGAGAUGAGGAACCAGCACAGUAAGAGCGUCCUGAUUCGCCUGUACGUCAGCCCCGAUGACAAAAAAUCCUUACAAUACAUCAUCAAGCUCGAUCAGGCGUCGUUGUGUCUGCCCUCCAGAGAGGACUACAUCACCAACACUUCCUCUGCCCGGGCGUAUCGUGCAGCCUUGCUGAGUCUGAUGGUAGAUACAGCCGUCAUGCUGGGCGCUCCAGAGAAAGCCGCCCUGACCCAGAUGAAAGAGGCUCUUGACUUCGAGACAAAACUGGCUCAUAUCCUGAUUCCCUAUGAAAACCGCAACAGUGACACCAUGUACAACAAAUGGACACUCUCUGACCUACAGAGGUCCAUCCCACAGUUUGAUUGGCUGGGUUUUGUAAAAGCUGUGGUGGAGUCCAAAGCCGACCUGGGCUGGUCCAUCUCCUCCUCUGAGUUUGUUAUUGUCCGAGCGCCGAAGUACUUCAAAGACCUUUUCAAGCUCAUUAACACCACGGAUAGCAGGACUGUAGCGAACUACGUACAAUGGAGGACAGUCUUCUCCAGGAUCACCACUCUGAGCCGUCGUUUCCUUUACAGAUACCUGGACUUUGCUCGGGUAACCACGGGAACCACCUCCCUGACCCCGCGCUGGGAUAAGUGUGUGAACUACGUGGAGAACUCGCUUGUUUAUGCCACCGGGCGCCUCUUUGUCAACACACACUUCGAGGAGGACAAGAAACACAUGAUGGAGGAGCUGAUCGAUGGCGUUCGCUGGGCGUUCAUCGACAUGCUGGAGAAGGAGAACGACUGGAUGGACAAACCAACGAAGAAGAAAGCUGUAGAGAAGGCUCAUGCAGUCCUGGCUAAAGUUGGUUAUCCCGAGUUUAUUCUGAACGACACCUACCUCAAUGAAGAUUUAAAGCAGCUCAAGUUCAGUGAGAAGGACUACUACGGGAAUGUGCUGCAAACGUUGAAGUUUAUCGCCCAAUCUGACAUCGCCUGGCUCAGAAAGAGCGUCCCGCGUACGGAGUGGUUCACAAACCCAACGACUGUGAACGCCUUCUACAGUUCCUCCACGAAUCAAAUCAGAUUUCCCGCUGGAGAGCUUCAAAAACCCUUCUUUUGGGGAAGAGAGUAUCCGAGGUCUCUAAGUUAUGGUGCCAUCGGAGUGAUAGUAGGACAUGAGUUCACACACGGCUUUGACAAUAACGGUCGAAGGUACGACAAAAAUGGCAACCUGGGCCAAUGGUGGACCAACUCGUCUAUAACGGCCUUCAAUGAGAAGAUCCAGUGUAUGAUGGUGCAGUAUAACGGCUACCACUGGCAGGAGGCAGACCUAAACGUGCGGGGAAAGAGGACUCUGGCAGAAAACGUAGCAGACAAUGGAGGAAUCAGAGAGGCUUUUAGGGCGUACAGGCGGUGGGUGGAUGAGAGCAGAGGUGGAGUGGAGGAGCCUCGGCUGCCUGGAGUCGGUCUGAGCAACAACCAACUGUUCUUCCUGAGCUACGCACAUGUGAGAUGUAACUCAUACAGACCAGAAGCAGCCAGGGACCAGGUCCAGAGUGGAGCUCACAGUCCGCCCAAAUACAGAGUUAUCGGAGCGAUGAGCAACUACGAAGAGUUUGGGAAAGCGUUCAGCUGCCCCGAGUCGUCAGUUAUGAACCGAGGCAUAGAGUCCUGCCGGGUGUGGUGACCUUUGACCUCAGCUUGACCCUGAACCAGGCCGGAGCUGUCAGCGAGACGUCUGUUGAAAAGGCAGAUAAAGCCUGACUCAGCAUAUAUAGUUUACAUGAUGUGGGAACAAUAAAAAUGAGUUCUCUUCUCACAGAAAACACACUCAUGUUAGGGUGAGAGUGGGAAAUGUUAAAGACUGAGGCCAUUUUUUGAUGGGCUACUGUAUAUUGUUACUGCAACAUAUUUGUUACUUUUUCCACAGGUACAUUUCAUGCAUAAAUUAUGACUGAAACCAUUUUGUUAAGGACCAUAGUUUAUGGAUUGUAGGAAAAUGUUGGAAAAAAGAGGCUGUCCCUUUUUACAUCAACGGCCCUCUAUGCACUGUAAGUGUGACUAUGAUGAUGCUAGAAGUUUUCUAAUGGGACUUAAAAAUGUAUAUAUUAAAGUAAAGGUACAAUGACAAGUUUCUUGUUUUGUUUUUUUACAGGAACCUAACACUGAAUAUUAUGGUAACUGUGAGCAGAAAUAUAUCAGAUCAAUGUCUGCAUGUAUUCAUUAGAAGCCAUGAAUGCCCCAAAAUUUAAUUAUAUUUGAGCAUAAAUAUAAGCAGAAAAUGCAAAAAGUUGAAUAUUUACCGUCCAAAUUUUUAAAACUACAUUUUUAGUUUUUCAAAUGAUUGUGAAAUCUUCUAUCAUAAUUUUGUACUUGUAGGGAAGUUCAACAAUUAAAAUGAUGUUGAAGUGUUAAUAAUUGUAAUACUUAAUGAGGUUAAACUACUAAGGAUGUGUGUGUGUGUGUGUGUGUGUGUGUGUGUGUGUGUGUGUGUGUGUGUGUGUGUGUGUGUGUGUGUGCUCUCCUUUGAUACAUCUCAGUCUCGUCUCGGUUUCUGUUCCACUUUGUUUCAAUCUCCGUCUUGUGUCAGACAUUUAUAUUUGUUCUGCUGCAGUUCAGCCCAAGGCAAAUGAACUCACGGAAUUACAAACACUCAAACUACGAGAUGCACUCCCUCCAUUUGACUUUCUGCCUCUCUGUUCCUGAACUGCACUGCUGAGGUGCACUCACACUAAUAAAGGGGGUCAUUUCACAGAUUUUACAAGUUAGUCAGGAAAAGGUGAAGGAUAUAUAUUUUAAAAAAUCAGGAGUAAUCAUUAAAACACAUGAUUGUAAUUCCUGAAGUCAAUGUUCAAGUUUAUAUUUAGAAGUUAAAAUAAUUGUCAACAGAAGAUGUUGUUUUUUUCCAUUUUAUUUUAAAUGUAUCUGUGUACCCUUUUUGUUUUUUAGCAUCUUGACGCACUCUUAUAGUUUUGACCCAGUUGAAAAAAUUGUCAGGCUGCAACUAAUUAUUUCUACGAUUCAUUUUUUUGUCGAAAAAAUGUCAUAAAAAAUAAAACAUGCCCAUCAGAAUUUUCAAAGGGCCCAAUGUGAUGUCCUCAAAUGUGUUUUUUUGUUUGUCCAUGUUUAAAACCAAAAGAUAUUCAGUCUGCAUUGAUGUAAAACAGUAAAACCAGCAAAUUCUCACAACUUGAAAUG